GCAGUACACGGACCAUGCAACAAGCCCAAGCCAUGGGCAUGGAACAUCGUGGAGCUCGCCAAAUGGCAGAGUUGGACAGAGCUGGGAAAGAUGGCGCCAGUAGAGGCCAUGCGGCUGUUUGUGCGUGCUCUGGAGGAGGAGGACCCAAAUUGGUGGACCAACGCACAACUAAUGGAAGCAACUGACCCGCAUGCAGCAGCAGCAGUACCAGAGGGGUAUGGCAGAGGCUACCCAGACGCCUACGCUGCAGAGGGUUUCCCGGCAAUGAACGGUGCUGCCUUCCCCCGGGGGCCCCCUGUGGUGGAAGACAUGGGGGUGAUGGCAAUGCUGCGCUCUCACGACUGCAUCAACAAGUGGGUCGCUGCUCCCGUCACUGGGAGGAAACCGUCAGCCAGAUACCAGCAUGCAGCGGAGAUACUGGAUGGCAGGAUGUAUGUGGUGGGCGGAAACCGAGCUCGGUUCACCAGUGACGUGCAUGUGCUGGACCUCGCUUCUCUCGCCUGGUCUAAAAUGGAGCUCUCCUCGCCUGCAAACGCCCUUCCCCCCUGUGCUGGGCACAGCCUGGUCAUUCUAGACGAGGUGACUCUGCUGUGCAUAGGAGGGUUCUUCAAGGAUGGCGCAGAGAAGAUGAUUGUGCGGGCAUUGGAUGUGAGCACCAAGAUGUGGCGGGUGAUGAAGACCCGCGGCCAAAUACCCUGUGCAAGGGGAGGGCACAGCACGGCCAAGGUGGGGUCGACUGUGUGGGUGUUUGGCGGGGAGGACAGCAAGAGGCGGCUGCUCAACGACGUUUAUAGCCUUGACCUCACCACUUUCGUGUGGGACAAGCUCGACACCACAGGAACACCCCCUCUGCCAAGAGCAGGCCACACGGCAACAGUGUACAACGAGCACUACCUCACCAUCUUUGGCGGCGGCUCCCACUCCAUGUGCUUCAACGACGUGCAUGUGCUUGAUCUGGACGCGGCCGAGUGGUCCCUAGCAGAGACCUAUGGCAAGGUGCCUUCCCCCAGAGCAGGCCUGGUGGGCGUGGCGUUUGGCAGCCUCUGGUUCAUCAUGGGGGGAGGGGACAACCAUGGAGGCGUUUCCGAGACGAUGCUGUUGGAUUUGGACUCGCUGGUGUGGUCUGUGGUUACCACAUCGCUUGAGAAAACGCCUUUGGCGUCAGAGGGCUUGUCGGUGGUACCUGUGGGAACAUCUCUCGGCCCUGUGCUUGUAGCGUUCGGGGGCUAUAACGGGCGGUACAACAACGAGGUAUUCCUGUUGCUGCCCGACACUGCUGCGCUGCUUAGAGCAGCAGAGGAGGAGGAAGAAGCUGCAGCUGCCGCUACAACCGCCGCCGCUACAACCGCCGCAACAACUGCCUCUGCUGCUACAGAUAGUGCCGCUGCUGCUGCUACAGCCAACGCUGCUGCUGCUGCUGCUGCAUCAGCCCCUCAACCGCCCCCCUCAGCAGCAUCUGAAAACAGCACUUCCCAACCUGCUGACUCCACCACUGCAUCCUCAGCUCCGGCAGCAGGUUCGGCAGCAGGUUCGGCAUCACUACCCUCCGGUGCUGCUGCUGCUCUUGGCCCCACCCCUUCCGCACCUGCUGCUCUCCCCCCUCCCGCACCCACCACUGGAGCAACCCCUGCUGCUGCUGCUGGUGGGGGCAAGCAGAUAGUCCGAGCAGGAUCUGCUUCCAAUAUCAUUGGUGCCACCCCUCCAGGUGGAAUCUCAGGUGGAAAUUCAGGUGCUGCUGCUGCGGCACCUGGGCAUGGGCCGCCGUUGCCAGCGGGAGCGGCAGCAGUGGGGGGCGUGGAGGAGGAUGGAGGGGAGCUGUCCCCCACGUCGAGGGAUGCGGUGCUGCUGGCGCAGCUGGAGGAGGCUGAAGCAGCCGCGACCAGAGCAGAGAAGGUGGCGCUCAAUGCCCGGGCUGAAGCGAGCCACACUGCUGCAGAGGCACGGGCGGAUGCAUGGGCUGCCAUUGCCAAGGCGCAGAUGGAGGUGGAUAUAUUGAAGCAGCAGCUAGCAACAGCCAUCAAGGCGAAGCAGCAGGCAGAGGAUGAGAUGGCGGAGGGGCAGGCCAAGGUGGUGGCGGCGCAGGCUGCCUCUGCUAGCGCGCAGGCGGAAGCAGGGCAGAUUAGAAAGGAUUUGAAUGAAUGCAGAAUAAAGGUGCAUGAGCUAGAGGCGGAGCUGGCCAAGAAGUCGGGGGCGGAUGGGGGGAUGGCGACACUGCAAAAGGACUAUGCUGCGGUCAAGAACGCUCUGGCUGAUAUGGAACAGGAGCUAACUUCCGGAGCGACGCUUGCAGCAGCGAAGGCGUGGUGCUUCCGGCUGGAGGUGGAGGUGGCAGAGUAA